CCACGACUUCACAGCAGACCACGGAUUCUCCAGCGGAGUGAGGGGGAGAGCACUGGGAAAAAGCUAGUUAGCUAGGUAGCUGGAUAAAUAGGCAGCUUUGCACAGAAGUCUCUUCACUUUAUAGGAGCAGCUCAAAGCUUUCUGCCCUCUCUCCAAUCCGCUUGAAGCAAGCAGACGUAGCUACAUCACCAGCGAGGUCAACUGAAAUUACGCAAAAUGGAUAUCUAUGACCCUCAGACCCUUGGGAUAAUGGUGUUUGGUGGAUUCAUGGUGAUCUCUGCUCUUGGGAUCGCUCUUGUCUCCACCUUCUCCAUGAAGGAGACCUCCUAUGAGGAGGCCCUGGCAAAACAACGCAGAGAGUUGGGUAAGAUACAUUCUACUCGGUCUGAGAAAAAGAAGAAGGACAAAGUAUCUGAAAAGAAGAGCAAAGGAAAGAAGAAAGAGGAAAAGCCCAAUGGAAAGAUCCCAGAACCUGAAAAAAAUCAAGAGGAAGUUGAAGCUGAAGCAAUUAUUGAGCUUGCUGUUGCUCCAGUGGUAGCUGCUGCUGCUCCUCCUGUCCCGACUCCUGAACCUGUCUCUGCUGUUCAGGUUAAGACGAAUGCGGCUGCAGCACCGGAAGACACACAGCCAAAGAUGGCUGCCGAACCGAGUCCUGCUCUUACCGAGCCCUCACCUGCACCUUCACCUAAAGAUAAAAAGAAGAAGAAGGUGGCUAAGGUCGAGCCAGCCCAAACAGCCCCUCUUGUUGCUGCCCCUGCACCAGUCAAGUCCUCCGCAGUCCCUGCAUCAACUCAACCCCCUGUGUCUGCCCAGACUAAGGCAAUCACCCCAUCGUCUGCCCCUGCCACUGCAAAGUCUACCCCUGCCCCUGCCACUGCGAAGUCUGCCACUGCAAAGUCUGCCCCUGCUACUGCAAAGUCUGCCCCUGCCCCUGCUAAAUCUGCACCUGCCCCUGCCCCUGCCACUGCAAAAUCUGCCCCUGCCCCUGCAAAAUCUGCCCCUUCCAAAUCUGCCCCUGCCACUGCAAAAUCUGCCUCUGCAACUGCAAAGUCUGCCCCUGCUCCAGCCAAAGGUGCUGCAGCCCCAGCCAAGUCUUCACCUGCUCCAUCCAAGAAUCUCCCAGUGCUGGAAGCGGUUACUAAAGACGUCCCAGUGAUGGCCGUGCCCCCAGUAGGAUCUCAGCAGGCUCCUUCUGUUGCAGGAAAAGUACAGGAGCCUAAGAAGAAGGCAUCCAAGAAAAAGACUGAGCCUGUGGCAGCAUUGGAUUCUGCUGAUGCUCCUCUGUACCUGCCAUACAAGGCUCUGGUGUCCACCAUCAGUAGCAUGGUGUUCAGUGAGGGAGAGGCUCACAGGAUCAUCGAGAUCCUGUCUGAGAAAGUCGGCAUCAUUCAGGACACCUGGCACAUGGCCACUCAGAAAGGAGAUCCCAUAGCCAUGCUGAAGAAGCAACUGGACGAGAGGGAGAAACAGCUGGCAGCAGAACAAGAGGAUGCUUCUUUGGCAAAAAACCGUCUCAGAGAACUCACCAAGGAACUGUCUGCUGAGAAGUCCAAGGUGGCCAGUGUGGAGACGAGGCUGAGUUCCCUACUGAGUAAGAGGGAGCAGGAAAUGAUUGCUCUGCAAGCACGCAUGCAGGCCAGUUACCAGGACCAUGUAGCACAGACCCAGGGGCUCAAUGCAAAGAUCGUCAGCCUGCAGGACCAACUGGAAAAAGGACCCAAUGCCCAGCUGGCCCGUCUGCAGCAGGAAAACUCCAUUCUCCGUGAUGCCCUUAACCAAGCCACUAGUCAGGCUGAGAGCAAGCAAAAUGCCGAGCUGGCCAAGCUGCGUCAGGAAUGCACAAAGUUAACCAAGGAACUUGGAGAGAAGACAGAAAGUCUGCUUGCUGAUGAGCACAUCAGGAAAGGACUGGAGGCCAAGGUCCUCGCUACUGAGAAGCAGCUCUCCUUGUUUCAGGCAAACCAUGGGGAGAGCGAGCAGGCUUUGCAGACAAGAUUGGAGGAGGUGUGUGAAGAGCUCAGAGCAGCACAGAGUAGAAACAACAGCCUGCAGGCCACUUUGGACAAAGCCCAGCAAGAGACCAGCACACUCUCAGAGUUUCAGGUGCGUACUGAGAGAUUGGAGGCGGAGAUCAGUAAGCGUUCAGGUGAGGCGGAUGCCCUCACUGCACAGCUGGAGGAGACACAGGCAGAGAAAAGCCAGCUUGAACAGCAGGUGGCCACUAUCAACUCUCUGCUUGAGGCCAGUCAGACCAAAAAUGAGGAGGUAAACCAGGGGAGUACUGCAGAAGUUGAACAGCUAAAGUACAGCCUUCAGGAGCGAGAGAACCAGUUGAACACACUGCAUGAGGAACUGAAGCAACUGCAGAUGAAGCAGGAAGCUGCUGACAACACUAUCAUUGAGCUAGAGCAGGGAAAUAAGAGAGAGGAUCUCAGCCUUAUCACAUCACUUCAGGAUGAACUUGCGAACCUCAAAGAAGAGAUGGCCAACCAUGGGGAGAGCGAGCAGGCUUUUCAGAGGAAAUUUGAGGAGGUGUGUGAGGAGCUCAGAGCAACACAGGAUAGAAACAACAGCCUGCAGGCCACUUUGGACAAAUCCCAGCAAGAGACCAGCACACUCUCAGAGUUUCAGGUGCGCACUGAGAGAUUGGAGGCGGAGAUCAGUAAGCGUUCAGGUGAGGCGGAUGCCCUCACUGCACAGCUGGAGGAGACACAGGCAGAGAAAAGCCAGCUUGAACAGCAGGUGGCCACUAUCAACUCUCUGCUUGAGGCCAGUCAGACCAAAAAUGAGGAGGUAAACCAGGUGAAUACUGCAGAAGUUGAACAGCUAAAGUACAGCCUUCAGGAGCGAGAGAACCAGUUGAACACACUGCAUGAGGAACUGAAGCAACUGCAGAUGAAGCAGGAAGCUGCUGAGAACAUUUUUGUUGAGCUAGAGCAGAAGAAUAAGAGUGGGGAUGUCAGCUUUAUCACAUCACUUCAGAAUGAACUUGCAAACCUCAAAGAAGAGCUGGUAGAGAGAACCACUGAUCUUGAAGUACUACAAAACAGCGUGACUAAGAAGGAUGGCCUUAUCAUAUCACUACAAGAGGAGCAGAGAGAAGUGAGAGAAAAUGCGACCAAUUAUGCUCAAAACAUUACAGCACAAAUGACAGCUUUUCAAACUGAAACCAAAGAAAUUCUCCAGACACUGUUCCCACAGAUGCCUGUUGACACAGAGCAGUCCGACUGGUUACAAGUGUUUACGCAGAAAGCUCAGGAGGCUCUCAGCCAGCAGAGACGGGAGGCUCAGUUGUGCACUGAGUUGCUUGAGAAAAUGAAGGAGGCUGAGGAGAGCCAUGGCGCACUGCAGGCAGAAUGUGAACAGUACAGGACAGUCCUGGCUGAAACGGAAGGAAUGCUGAAACAUCUGCAAAACAGUGUGGAGGAAGAAGAGCUCGUAUGGAAGUCAAAGAUGGCUGAGUUAGAGGAUCAGCUGAGAAUGGCUUUGGAGAGGGCCGGCAAGCUGGAGGAACAAAACCAAAGUGUAGAACAGUUGAAGGGGCACAUGAUGCUUCUGGAAGCCCAGCUGGAGAAGCAGUCGGAGAACCAGGGGAUGUCAGAGGAGCUAGAACAGGUGAAGCUGCAGCUGGUGGAUUGUCAGAGCCAGCUGGAUUUGGCCCAGAAGGAGGCCCAGGCACACAAGGAGGAGCUUGCACAGGUCAGAGAGCAGCUCUGCGAGAUCAUGGUGCGGGCUCAGCAAGAGCAGAAUGGCCCAGCUGAUGCUCAACCCAGUCAGUUUCAGAACGAGUUGAGUCAGACGACUGAGAAGCUGCACGGGGAGGUGGCUCAGAGACAGCUGCUUUCACAAGAGUUUGAGCAGGCCCAGGAGACUAUCAGAGAACUUCAGGCUCAGUUGGAUCUUCUGAAGGUUUCUUCAGAGUCACCACAAGUUGAAACAGAAGAUGUUGGUCAGCUGAAGGAGCGCCUGGAGAAAGAGAAAAAGCUUUCCAAAGACCUGGGCCAGGCAGCCACCAAGCUCCAGCAGCUCCUCAAAGCCACUCAGGAGCAACUGACCAAAGAGAGAGACACAGUGAGAACACUACAGGAGCACCUGGAAGGCAAGGGAGAAUACGUGGAGCUAAAGGAAGGAACGUCCGUCUGAGACGAAGUUCACUGCAGACACUACAAUAAAACUGCCAAAUAUGCCUUAUGAUUACCAUAGUUAUGCAUUCCAAAACCUUUUUUUCUUGUACUGUAGUUGAUUGCAUUUGUUGCAACUGUAGGAAUCAAAUGUUUGAUAUUAUGAACAUUUCAAAGUAAGAUUAUAGGAGAUGAUUCUGCUAUAAUCUUUACUGAAACCCACAUUCCAUCUACAAUUCUGGCUAUGUCAGAAGUUAUUUAUCCCCCUGCCUUAUAUUUCAGACAUUUCCCCAUAGUUCAGUGUUAAAAAGGGAAACCGAUUGUACGUCAAACGUACAUCAACCUGUGCAAUUACUUUGUAUGUCUUUUCUAUGUGGUUGAGUGAUGGAAACAUUUUAUGGUUCAAUGUUUCAUUACCUUUAGGGCCUGCUUUCCUCUGUAGCUGGCUGCCAAUUACAUGCAUCAAAUUUGUAUGAAUGAAUAAACUGGAGUGUAGCUCUAAA